AUGGUUACCGUACGAGUGAAGGCACGGUUCAUCGAUGGCAAGUACCGGAAGACAUAUCCCACAGAACUGCAGGAUUAUAUAAAUCAAGAUGAGUUUUCCGCAAAUAUGGAUGCUCUAAACAAACCACUAAGAAUAACCGCUAUCCGAACUGCUUUGCUCAGUCUUGCUAACUUGCUUUUUGCUGGGGGAUUUAUGGCUGUUGUUCUUGUUAUGUCGGAAAACUUUAGCGGGCAUAAUGCAGAUGUUGUGAUAUAUCUCGCAACGGCCAUGUUUUUGCUGACUCAGUUUAUGUUUAGCUAUGUCUCAGUAAUUUGGAAUAUACAGAUGGAAGACGAGAGAGAACGCAUUGUUAAUGAAUUUAAUCUUAACGAUCAACGGCGAGGCAUUAAAUGGAAAUAUAGCAGGAGGCCGUUUUGGUCAAUCCGCAAUAAACAGUCGUCUGUUCUUAUCGAAGUCGAUGAUUCCCAAUCUUCUUAA